AUGGAACAAAACUAUGUGGGGCUGUUCGCAAUCAGCCGGAUCGUGCUGUACAACCGGCGGGACUGCUGCGGCGAACAGCUCGUGAACGCCGAAAUCCGUGUGGGUGGCGCACUGGUUAGCAACAGCCUCACUGCGGCGCAGAUCAACCUUAACCAGCUUGUACGACGGGUGGCCGGGGCCAGCACCAGUGGCGCAAUCAUAACCGUCGAGCUGAGGCCCCCAGUCACAGGCCGCUACAUCACCCUUCAGAACUUUGGAAAUAAUGCUACUGCGCGGGCGGCCAGCCUGCAAGUGGCGGAGCUGCAGCAGCACGGUGCGGGGUACGGCAACAGCGCCCUCGUACUAGCCACCAGCACUCAGCCUGACGCGGGUGCUUGCUGCCAGGCCUGCUUCUCCCGGGUCGAUUGCAUCCACUGGGACUACACACCUAGCAGCCAUACAUGCCACCUUAGGCCGGACAGCGGGCCCCGCCUCGACAUACAGAUGGAUGGCGACCGAGUCACAGGCUCUCGUAACGAGGUCAGGUGGAUCUCGUCACUGCCCACAGCCUUCGUGCCGUUCGGUCAACGGGUCAUUGCGUCCGCCUGGCAGUCAACCACCUUCUACCGGACCUUCUGGCUGUCAGCGGAGCAGCUACAGCAGCAGCAGGCUGCCCUUGGAGGUGUUGUGACAACGCCCGUUCUCAACCUCACCAUCAUUGCGGACGACCUUGCGACUGCCUUCGUGAACGGUCAAGAAGUCGGCCGUACAGCCGUGUUUCCAGAACGUUCUGUCCUGCAGGUCUCGAAUCUGCGGCCUGGCCCCAACCUGGUUGUGUUGCACUGCAACAGCACGGGGGGACUGCCCGUGGUGGCGGCCUCCCUGGCCUUUGGGGGGCCUGACGGCUCCGUGCUACUGCAGACGGAUCACACUUGGAACUGGCUGUAG